AUGCAAAAGCCCUCCAUUUACUAUAUAUAUUUUUUAAAUCCAUCCAUCACCUUUUUGCGAACAUGGUGGCAGGUUCGUGUUGAAGACGAGAAUGAUAACCCGCCACAUCUACUCUCUCCUCUUGAUGUCUACGUUUCUAUCCCCGAGGACCAACCUGUCGACAGUGUCCUUUUUGAACAAACCUAUUUACCCCCGUCUUCAAUAUCUCUUGGAAUUCAUGAACUUGGCCAAAACCAAAUGAACCAUCUGAACUCCUCUUGCAUUCGUCCUCUUGUUGUCCGAGCCAGGGAUGACGACUUUGGAAGGAAUGGCCAACUUGUCUAUCGGCUACUCGAAUCGGUACCCAGACUUUGGCCCAAUGAUUUGGUCUUGACUGGGUCCGGGCUUGACCAUCGAGUUGACUUACGAUCGAAUGUUAGCGACACAUUUAUUCAUGCGGGCAGUUGGACAACAGAGAUUCCAGGGAGUCAGGCAGUUAUCGGAGGCAAACUUAAAGUUUUUCAUCCUUUCGCCAUCGAUCCGGCUACUGGGGCCGUUAGACUCAGUGGCAAACUCGAUAGAGAACGCGUGCCAAACUAUCUUUUAGGGGUUCAGGUAUUCUUCCUCACGCUUUGGCUGAUUUCAAAUUUUAAAAUUCGAAAAUAG